AUGUUGGGUCGUUACAGUCAUUGCACUGCAGAUUUAAAAGGCUUGGCUGUAUACACCUUAAACCUUGCCCAUACAAAUGCUCGCAAAUCUUUGACCUUAGCCAAGUCACUUGCAACAACCACCACCAAUCCUCAACUUAAGCAACGAUAUUCGUCUUGUGGUGAGAGCUAUGAUGAAGCUGUUGGUGACAUUGAAAAUGCCCAAAAGGACUUGGCACUUGGUGACUUUAAUGCUGUCAAUAUUGUAACUUUUGGUGCCAUGACAGAGAUUGACGACUGUCAGGAUAAGUUCGUGCAGCCGCCGAAGGAUACGUCGUUGCUUUUGAAGAAUGGAAAGACUCUAAACGAUAUAUGCAGCAUUAUUGUUGUUAUAUCCAAUCUUCUUUGA